UUCGUUGACUGCGGUUCCAUAGACGGCAGCAUCCAGGAGGUGAACGUGAGCCCCUGUCCCACUCAGCCCUGCCUGCUCCACAAGGGGACAUCCUACAGCAUCAACGUCACCUUUGCCAGCAAGAUCGAGAGCCAGGGCAGUAAAGCAAGGGUGUACGGGGAGAUGCUGCACGUGGACAUACCCUUCCCUAUUCCUGAGCCUGAUGGAUGCAAGUCCGGGAUCCAGUGCCCCAUUCAGAAGGGGCAUUCCUACAGCUACCUGAAUAAACUCCCUGUGAAGAGCGAGUACCCCAGUAUUAAACUGAUUGUGAAAUGGGAACUGGUGGAUGACCAGGACCAGAUGUUGUUCUGCUGGAAGAUACCAGUACAGAUUACCAGCUGAGGAGCCCUGCCAUUAGUAGGGCUUGGGGAGGGGAAAAACAAACAACACAGGCCAAAUUCUUUUAUAUAAUAAACAUUUCUUACUGCUUCCUUCAGAGCUCUGCAGCCUCUGAACAGCCAGAACUGUGUUCCUUGCAAGAUCAGCCCCUGGCAGAGUGCUCUUACUGUGUUUAGGUGACACCCCUGGGGUGUUCUCCUAGUAGCUCAAAGGGCAGCAGUGUCUGCUGCAGGAGUGACUGAGCAUCACCCUCCAGCCACCCUCCCCUGUGGAGGCACUUUAUCUGUUAGACAUGGAGCUGUCUGUCCUCACAAAGGAAUUUCUCAGCGAUGAAUCUGGCUAUUGUCUGAGCUGCUACCUGGUAACCCUUCAGUGCCUCUUCUAGAAUGCCAGCUGCAUCCACCCUCUUGUGUUUCUCCUGCUCUGUUGUGAUCGGGAUACGCUUGGGACCUGCAUUUGCUAUCCAUGGAGCUGAAGCAGAAGGAAGGAGAGGAGUCUUUCCCUGAGCUGACAGCCUGCUAUGUCCUGGGCCUCUGCUCAAGCCAGCAGGACUCCAGCUGGGAAAACUUCCUUUUUGUGGAUGCAAAGCCAAAUGGCGUUCAAUGUCUCUGCAGGGAUGAUUCUUUCUCUAACCAAUGGUUUGCACUACUACUAACUUGGAGCUGCUGCAAGCUCCUGAAUCUCUUUUUAUAACUUUCCUUUUAAUAAAGGCUAGAAAAAAAUC